UGAGCCGAAGCCGGACUCUCAACCGACUGAGCCACCCGGGCGCCCCAUGUGGGUUUUUGUGUUUGUUGGAAGGGGCGCUUAAGAACAAUAGCAGGUCGGUAAUAGCAGCUCUGAACCCCCGAAGCCUUCCUUUGUGCCGGCACCUUGCCACGCUGCUUCCCUUCGUGACUUCUUCUCACUGUCAUGGCCACAUUGGGAGCUGGCAGGACAGCUGAGAGAGCGGGGGAGUCUGCAGGGAGGGGCCGGCUGAGGCCUUGCUCCUGGGAAGGAGCCAACAAGGAAACUUUGGCCCAGGCCUCUUGCCGGACUCAAGGCAUCACCACUGCUCCGUUUCCUCAAACCGCCCACCAGCCCCCCCAACCCACCCCUGAGCCCUGGUCAGACCCUCUGGAGGUGGGGCAGUUCCAGGCUUCCCCGGACCCACAAGCCCAGCCCCCGGCCUGCCCAUCUCCUUCUGGACGGAGGAGAAACCAGCCUUGAACCAAGUUCUGCAGUUGAGGUCAGGCGCCCCGGAGCUGAUGGACGAAAACUCGUGCUCAGGUUCAAAUCCACAAAACGCAGAAAGAGCCCAGCGAUGGUGAAAGUCGCAGACAAGGACGUCCCUUUGAAAGCCAGGUGGCCCAGCUGCUGGAACCUCUCCGGACCUCAAUCUCCCCAUCUCGAGAAUAUAAGGGUUUUCGCAAGGAGACAAUGAGAUGGCGAACGUACGAAUGCUUUGCCCAGGGCCUUGCAGCCAGCGGGGGCACAGUUGGUGUUUCCCAUCACCACCACCACCGCCGCCACGGGCAAGCUUCUCAUUUCCCCAUCUGCGUGUCUCAGCAGUAAGGCUCGCUACUCCAAAGGGCUUCUUCAAGGAUGCGUCAUGUGAUGUGUGCAGCAACCAUGUUUUGAAAAUGGAAAAGGUGUUAUGGAAACAUUAGUUACCAGAACUUGUUGUUAUGCAUAGCACAAACCAGCCAGUGGAGGCUAUUUCUGGCUACCGAGUUCCUUCUUUGAAGAUUAGCUUUUUUAAACAAGCGAUUUGUAUGUGUCCUGUAAAUAUCAGAAAAAUGGCCGGGAACAAAAGGAGACAAAGAAUCCCUACUCAGAGGCUCCCGUUGGCGGUGUUCUUUAUCCUUGAGAAAGUGUCAAGGCAUUUUCCCAGGGUGUGUGUGUGUGUGUGUAUCUUUUCCCCCCUCUUUUAACAUCAACAAAAAAAUGGGAUCGUUCUCUGCAUUCUCCAAGCAGCUCGUUCUUCUCUCCUGGCUGCUGUCAUUUCUGAUGUCUCAGAGCACAGCCUGAGGGCGGCUCUCCCUUUCUGUCCGCCCGUGUGAUUCCGGGGUAUCGGCGCAUGUGUCUUCACGGCCCGGAUCUCGUGCCGAGACUUUUUGGGUUGAGCACAACAGCAGACUCUUCAGUGGGAACAGAAACAACCACAGAUGUCGUGAAAAGCCAUGUGGCCCCCUUUGGCUGUGUCCUAACAGGGCAUAGAUAACAUGUCUGUUCCGGGAUCCUAUCAGGCGGCCGCGGGGCCUUCCUCAGUGCCGUCCGCACCCCCGUCCUAUGAAGAGACAGUGGCGGUUAACAGUUACUUCCCCGUGCCUCCUGCACCUGUGCCAGGGCCGACCACGGGGCUGGUGACGGGCCCAGACGGGAAGGGCAUGAACCCCCCCGCGUACUACACCCAGCCAGUGCCCGUCCCCAACGCCAACGCAAUUGCUGUGCAGACCGUCUACGUGCAGCAGCCAGUGUCCUUUUUCGACCGUCCAGUCCAGAUGUGCUGUCCUUCGUGCAACAAGAUGAUCGUGACCCAGCUGUCCUAUAACGCCGGUGCCCUCACCUGGCUCUCCUGCGGGAGCUUGUGCCUGCUGGGGUGCGUGGCAGGCUGCUGCUUCAUUCCCUUCUGCGUGGACGCCCUACAGGACGUGGACCACUACUGCCCCAACUGCAAAGCUCUCCUGGGGACCUACAAGCGCUUGUAGGACUCGGCCAGACUCGGAGGGAGCCGCGCGCCGCAGGAAGUGCUCUCCGACUCCUACCCAGUCCCGCCCCUGGUGGGGGUUCCACUUUGCCGGCCUCGUCUCCCCAGGGGCUUCACCUUCGUGUCUUCUUUUGGGGGCAAAAAAAUACAUCGCCAACGCACCCCACCUCCAGAACCCCAGACGUUGCUGCUUGGCGUCGUGCACAGGACACGCAAAGACGUUCACCUUGAGUGCUGGUUCAAGGGCCUCCCGCCUACCGUGACCCCAAGUCACCCCGUCCAACCGUGACCGUUGCCCCGUCCAAGUAUCUUCUGGUGAUUGGCCGGUGGCCGGCUGCCUCGGGGCCCUUUUCUUGCCUCGGGGGCCUUUCCGGGGGACAGUCUCAAACCGAGAAGCCGCACGUUGCCUUAUUUUUUGAGACCGUUCUGGCCCAGAUACCGAAUACGGCUGACCCAGCCUUUUGAGUGCUUGCCUUCAGGCUCAUCUGUGUCCCCCCCCCCCCCCACUGCCCCCCUUGUGGGCGACAAAAAAUCUUGCCUUAUAAACUAAGGGCUUGGCUCUCAGAGUCUGUAACGGCGGGCUUUUCAUUAGCACACCGAUUCACUUUAAUUUCUUCAUUCCUUCUUAAGUGCAAGGAAGACCUACUCACACCCACCAGACACACAUCCGUGAAAUGGGGUCCCCAGUGGUUAGAAAGGCCAAGGAAGAGCAGUUUGAGCACAUCCCGGUACCACGGUGCUGGAGAGCUUGGGGACCUGACUGUUGCAAGGGAAUCUAAAUUCUGAUUUUAUUUUUCAGAGAUACAGUUUGUUGUAGGACGUCGGAAGACAUGAUUUCUGGGACUCAGUCGGCAAACCAGAGUUCUCGGUUGGCUGUUGUGUCAUCUUCGAAAUCAAGAUAAAGCUGGGGUCCGGCUUUCAAGAGUCCCCGUUUUGAUACUGAAUAUGCACAGGGCGUGCAUGUGAAUGAUAUGUAGAAAUCAAGCCCAGGGCUUGAACAAAAAUCUGUAUAUUGGCUGAAAAUCCUAGCUGUAACCAUUGAUUCAGCUUAUACAUUGGAUGUUCUGAAAGUAAUUAUUUUUGCAACGAUUUAUGGAUACUACAUAGUACUUUGGUGUUAUCUGCUUUUACAAAAUAAAGUCUUUGGUUUACUCAUUGAA